AUGCACUUCCUCGUUAUCGCCGUUUCAGAUGGAGAUGCCCGAGAUGCUGCACCCGCACCAUCGAGUCGAGCCUUGCCGGAACAACAACUAGCUCUGGCUUCCUUGCUGCUUGUGCCGCCAUCUGCCGUUAUUCCCACGCGCGAGGCCGUGACUAUUGCCGGCGGCCACUGA